AUGUCUCAACAAUACGCUCUGUUCCUUUUCGUCUUCGCUGUUUCUCUUUCUGGAAGCCUCCAGCAGGCCAAUUGCCCUGAGGAUAAGUACGGGCUCAACAGCACCAUGAGAGAAGAGUUGUACAAGGGUCUCAAGCCUAUGAUGAAAUCUGGGCAGCUGGAAUACAAAUGCGAAUUCGAAAUAGCCGCCGGAUUGAUCCUGGAGGAUCCCUACAAGGACUUCGAGUUCACGCAAAAAACCAAUACGUACCCCAUCUUCUUUGAAGUUGAGGCGAAGGACGGUGACACCCCUUCUAGCCUGGACGAAGCUGCCCUCAAAUUCUGGAAUCAGUACAUUUCUGGACUGAGCUCUUCAAGAAAAGCUGCCGGAUGCAGCUACCUGCUCCAGUGGGGAUACCACAAAUUCUGUUGCCUCUUCGACGACAAGGCGUAA